CGGGUGGUAUUGUGUGGUGAGACGGGUGAACCUGCAUGGAAUUCUAACUCUACCACUUACUAGCAGUGAGACCUGCAGCCAUGAUUCUCUUACCUGCAAAAUGAGGAUAAAAGUCAUAGUUGUUAGCAUUUUAGUGAACACCAAGAGCCAGGAGCUGUGCUAAUCUUCUUACAUAUAACUCAUGUCUUUCCCACAUCAACACAGUGGGACAGGUACUACUGUUACAGCUGCCAACUUACACAUGAGGCAGCUGAGUCACAGAGAGGUUAAAAGAUUUGAUAAGGAUCACAGGUGGUUAGAGGCAGAGCCCGCACAUAGUCAGUCCUCAGAAACACUGACAUCAUUGCAAUAGGGGUUCAGGCACAAGGAGUCUUUGGAGGGGAAGAUGGGGCUGCUGGGGAGCUCUGGAGGGUCUCCUGUUGGCAGCUGAGCCCUGCUCCACCCGGGGCCCCCAGCUGAAGCUCCCCUUCCCCAUCUCCCAGAGAGGCCAUGGGCACCCUGACCUCCUGGAUUGACAGCCCUGAAUGAGGAGGGUGUGGAGCCAGGAGGUGGGGACCAGGCUCAGGCAAGCUAAUCAGGUUGCAGGGUGAAAUUAAAAGGGAGGAGGAGGCACCAACCCGUCAGAACUCACACUUCUUCCCGGCGAAGAAGUGCCCAGGACGGGAGCUGGGGAGCCGGAGCUGUUUUAGGAGGCUGGGAGCCAGGUGACAGGAUGGCCCCAAAGAGAGCUGCGCAGCUAUCCCUGAAGAUGCCUACCCAUGCUGUGUGUGUGGUGGGAGUCUCGGCACAGGUGGACAUUCACAGUGAUGUGCCCAAGGGUGCCAACAGCUUCAGGGUCUCUGGAAGCCCUGGGGUGGAGAUCUUCAUGGUCUACAACCGCACACACGUGACAGAGCCCAUAGGCAAGGUCCGUUGGCCACUGGACACUGAUGCAGACAUGGUCGUAUCUGUGGGCACAGCCAGUAAGGAAUUAAGGGACUUCAAGGUGAGGGUCUCCUACUAUGGGGAGCAGGAAGACCAAGCCCUGGGCCACAGCGUGCUGUACCUCACUGGCGUCGAUAUUUCCCUUGAGGUCGACACAGGCCGCACAGGCAAGGUGAAGAGAAGCCAGGGGGACAAGAAAACCUGGCGCUGGGGCCCUGAGGGCUAUGGGGCUAUCUUGCUGGUGAACUGUGACCGGGACAAUCACAGGUCCACAGAGCCUGACCUCACCCACAGCUGGCUGAUGUCACUGGCUGACUUGCAGGACAUGUCCCUGAUGGUGCUGAGCUGCAAUGGCCCCGACGAGCUCUUCGACAGCCACAAACUUGUCUUGAACGUGCCCGUCUCUGAUUCCAAAAGAGUGAGGGUCUUCUGUGCUCGGGGUGGGAAUUCUCUCUCGGACUACAAGCAGGUGCUGGGGCCCCAGCGUCUGUCCUACGAAGUUGAGCGGCAGUCGGGGGAGCAGGAGAUCAGGUUCUAUGUGGAGGGGCUGACUUUCCCCGAUGCCGAUUUCCUGGGGCUGGUUUCCCUCAGUGUCAGCCUGGUGGACACGGGGACCGUGCCUGAGGUGACCCUCUUCACAGACACUGUGGGCUUCCGCAUGGCCCCCUGGAUCAUGACGCCCAACACUCAGCCUCCUGAGGAGCUGUAUGUGUGCAGUGUGAUGGACACUCACGGCUCCAAUGAGAAAUUCUUGGAGGACAUGUCUUACCUGACGUUGAAAGCCAACUGCAAGCUGAUCAUCUGCCCUCGAGUUGAAAAUCGAAAUGACCGCUGGAUCCAGGACGAGAUGGAGUUUGGCUACAUCGAGGCCCCUCACAAAUCCUUCCCCGUGGUCUUUGACUCCCCCCGGAACAGAGGCCUGAAGGAUUUCCCCUAUAAGAGGAUCCUGGGUCCUGACUUUGGAUAUGUGACCCGGGAGAUCCCACUCUCUGGUCCCUCCAGCCUUGACUCCUUCGGCAACCUGGACGUCAGUCCACCUGUCACGGUGGGCAGCAUGGAGUACCCCCUGGGCCGGAUCCUCAUCGGGAGCAGCUACCCCAAGUCCGGCGGGCGGCAGAUGGCCAGGGUGGUGCGGAACUUCCUGAAGGCCCAGCAGGUGCAGGCACCCGUGGAGCUCUACUCGGACUGGCUCUCUGUGGGCCACGUGGACGAGUUCCUGACCUUUGUGCCUACCUCUGACCAAAAGGGCUUCCGGCUGCUCCUGGCUAGCCCUAGCGCUUGCCUCAAACUCUUCCAAGAGAAGAAAGAAGAGGGCUACGGCGAGGCGGCCCAGUUUGAUGGGUUAAAACACCAGGCAAAAAUAAGCAUUAAUGAGAUGCUGGCAGACAGACACCUCCAGAGAGACAAUCUUCAUGCACAGAAAUGCAUUGACUGGAACCGUAAUGUACUGAAGCGGGAGCUGGGCCUGGCAGAGAGUGACAUCGUGGAUAUUCCUCAGCUCUUCUUCCUGAAAAACUUCUCUGCAGAAGCCUUCUUCCCAGACAUGGUUAACAUGGUGGUCUUAGGCAAGUACCUGGGCAUCCCCAAGCCCUACGGGCCCAUCAUCAACGGCCGCUGCUGCCUGGAGGAGAAGGUGCAGUCCCUGCUGGAGCCUCUGGGCCUGCACUGCAUCUUCAUUGAUGACUACUUGUCCUACCACGAGCUGCAGGGCGAGAUCCACUGUGGCACCAACGUGCGCAGGAAGCCCUUUCCCUUCAAAUGGUGGAACAUGGUGCCCUGAGCCUGCCCCCACCCGCCAUCCUCUCUGCCCUCUUGCUGGGGAACCCCGCCAGGGUGAGGGCAGGGAACAACCACCUGGCCUCCAUUCUCUUGGGGGAGCCUUGGCACUUUGCAAACAUCCUGGCCCCCGUGGGCACCAGGACACAGGGAUGGAUACCACCCACCCUCGCCUCUGGAACGGCCUACCCAACCUGAGAAGAACGCACAUCAUUCUUCCCUCGCCUCUUCCCCACCCACAGCCCCCAGAGGCUCCGGACCCACAAUGUUAGCAUGUUCGAGAAUGGCUGUGGGUGGCCUAGGGAGACGGGCCCCACUUUGAAUUGCUCCCCCUUCAUUCUGAUGCCUCCCUGGGGAACAAGGACAGUAACUUUGUGUGUCUGCACCAGGAAUGGGGCCCGGAGGACCCGGGGUCUGGUGUGCCAGGCACCAGGCUGCCUCUGCUCUUGGAAAGCUAGGAAAGGAGAUCAGAAACAUCCUCUGCCCCAUCCAGAUUUCUUCUCCCAAAGGGGCCCCAAGGCUGUGACACUUACCUCCACCCCCAUCCAGCACCCUUCAGCUGUGUGUGGACAAACAAGGACAGAAAAACCCAGUGUCCAAGGGCCGAUUUAAACAGAAAAAAAAAAAAAAGACAACAAAAUUUUAAUAACUGACUCCAACCUCAGAAGACUGAUUGUUACCUUUCUGGAAAGACUUUAAUUACCAGAGCCGGCUUCUCCCUCCUCAGAAAUGCUGAGAGGCCAAUGUGAGGCCUGAGGACACACAAAGGAAGAUGGGGCGGGAGGGGACAAGGUCAGGAUGGCGGAGUGUGUGAUGAUGGAUUUGGGGGCCUAGAGGUGUCCAUGGCUCCUGGGCUGGGAUUUUGAACUCUGGAUUUGAAGGGAGCUGGCUUCCAGAUGUAGCAGGGGUGGGGGCCCAGAUGUUAGAAGAGGGUGUGUGUGUUGGGAGGAAAUUAGGUUCUCUCUGAAGGUGGAGUUUAAUUUCCUUUAAUAGUCUUUAAUUAUUCCCCUUCAUUCUGCAGGCAGUGGGAGGGGAAGGCUUGUCCGGUCUCUCUCAUCAACCCAGGAACCCUGCACAUAGCAUGGGUUUCACCCCUGAAUACACCGCUGUGGCAGGCCCGUGUUCCCUCCCACAGUAGGGAAGACAGCUGCCACGGGAGGUUCAUCGCCCUGAGUGUGGUCGCUGAGACAGGCACAGGCAGUCUGGUUCAGCUGGGCUGCAGGGCACGGGCGGGAGAAAGCCAGCCCACCCUCUUCCCCCACCGCCAGCGUGGUCACUGCAGGGCAGUCGGCCCUAGAGCCUCUGCCCAUCUAGGGUUUUGGUGGCCCCUGGGGAGACCUCACACUGAGCCAACUACUGUCACUCUUUUAACCAACAAAAGCUAGCCUGGAACUGCUAUGGUUAAAGUGGGUGAGCAGGAACCUGAAAAUCCCCUUCUGGAAGGUUCUACAGAACCGCAUCUGCAAGCUCCUGCUUUAACCGGAGCACCCCCUGCUCAGGAUCAUACCCCAGGCUGCACUGAGUCAAGAAGGAGAAGGAGGCUCUGAAGGGGCCGGGGGUGUGAGCUGGGGUUGGGAUUCCCCCGAGAAAGAGCUGUGGGUAGGAGGGGAGUGGGCAUUGCAGAGAUAGGGCUGGGGGUCAGGGCCACCCUGGGUGUGGGAAGCUCUGGAGUUGCUGCUGGGCCAUCGAGGGGCCCUGGUGUUGGCUCUGAGAAUGUUCUGGGUGACCAGUCACCACCUUUCUGAUCAAUAAAAAUGUCGACAUGCAUUUCUUACA